AUGGGUUCUACUAGGGUGGGUGGUCGCGAUUUACUCCGGCUGAUCGAUGGCGCGCCGGAUGGUCGUUGGUGGCGGCUCCUCAGACCCGAGAUCUCGAUGAAGGAAGUUGGGGGCUUGUUAUGGGCUCGGAUUUUUGUGGAUUGGGCUUGCGUUUUGGGCCUUUUUGGGCUUGUGAUGGGGCUUCAGCUAAGACCCGUGGUUUUGGUCAGCUAUGUUCUUGGUCGAGUUUUUGUUCUGCUUCUUCUGGCUAGGCCUUACUAUGAGGAUUGGUGUAGGUGGACUUUAAGUUUGAGCUUCUCUGGAGUUAGGGCUAACGUGGGUCUCGGCCUCGGUUACCUAGUGAUACCUCGAAGUUUCUAA